AUGUUUUUAUUUAUUUUUGUUUUAAUUCAACUUUCAACCAGUCUUAGCCACGAUGAAUUGAAUAAAUUUGCAAUUUUAAUGCGUCGUUGGCGUUCUCGUGAAAUGCCAAUUGUCGAAUUUGCUCAAAAAUUGUUGGAAUUGUAUGGACCUGAAAGAAGGCAUUUAUUGGCUAAAAUGCGCACAUUACUUCGUGGUGAUCCAACAGAAAUUGAAGCACUCGGGAAUUUUUUGCGGGCUAAUGGGGUUGUAGAAAGUGCUUCAGCAGCAGUUUCUCCAACAACAAAAAUCAACAGUACAACAAAAAUUAUUUUUUGUGAAGAAAAAAAUAUUCUUAAAAGGUGA